CAUUCACAAAGCAACAUUCUUUUUCUCUCUCUCUUUUCUCUAUGCUUUCUCUCUCUAUCUUUUUCACUUUGUAAGUACCUUUUUUCUCCCCUUUUUAAUUUCUCCAAUAAUGAAACAUCUCUCUUCUUCUUCUUCUUCUUCUUCUACAUUAUGCCUUGUUAUAUUACAGUUUUAUGUAGCUUCAUCAGUAAUAUUAUUAAGACGCCACCACAACAAUAAUAACAACCCAAAUCACAAUAGAAGUCCAAUUCUUCAAGGAAAUCAAACUCCAUGUGCUCUGUUUAUUGGUACAUGGGUAUACGACGAAACUUACCCAUUAUACCAAUCUUCUUCUUGCCCAGUCGUUGAUGUACAAUUCAACUGCCAGCUGUACGGUCGACCGGACACUGAAUACCUUAAAUAUCGAUGGAAACCUGCGAAUUGUGAGCUUCCCAGGUUUAAUGGGGUUGAGUUUCUGUUGAAAAUGAAAGGGAAAACAGUGAUGUUUGUGGGAGAUUCAUUAGGGAGGGAUCAAUGGGAGUCGUUGAUUUGUAUGAUUUCAGCAGAUGUACCAAAAGCUCAAACACAAAUGUCAAGGAGUUACCCUAUGUCUACUUUCAAGUUCCUGGAUUAUGGAGUGUCUGUUUCGUAUUACAAAGCACCAUAUCUGGUGGACAUAGACACAGUGCAAGGCAAGAGAGUGCUAAAAUUGGAUGAUGUUAGAGGAAAUGCUAAUGCUUGGAUUGGUGUGGAUGUAUUGAUAUUUAAUACUGGUCAUUGGUGGACUCACAAAGGCCCUCUCCAAGGGUGGGACGCCGUAGAAGCAGGAGGGAGAAUGUAUGAAGACAUGGACCCACUAGAGGCAAUGGAGAAAGGGUUAAGAACGUGGGCAAGAUGGGUUGAUACCAAUAUUGACAGAAGCACAACCAGACUCUUCUUUCAGGGCAUUUCCCCUACCCACUACGACCCGAAUGAAUGGAACUCGGGUGCAUCAACAGGGAGUUGUUACGGGGAGACUAGCCCCGUAACAACCACCCCGAUGACGGGCACGUACCAGCGUUCGGACUCCGAUCAAACGAAUGUGAUUCAGACAGUAAUAAGAGAAAUGAACAACCCCCCUUUCUUGCUGGACAUAACAUUGUUAUCAGUUAUGAGAAAAGAUGCACAUCCAUCUAUCUACAGUGGUGAUCUCAAUUCUCAGCAAAGAAUUAACUCUAACAAACCUGAUUGUAGCCAUUGGUGUCUCCCUGGACUACCUGAUACAUGGAACCAAUUAUUUUACACUGCCCUUUUCUACUAAACUUAUAGUACUAGUAGUAGUAGUAUUUUUAGUUUUUGCUAGCCUAUUGAUGCAAAUUCAUUGUAGGAGACAAAAUGUUCACACUAGUGCAGCUAAUUAAGAUGAUUGUUAAGUGACUUUAUGUAGUAACUUAGCAUGAUUAACAGUGAAACUGAAUCGGCAUUGUAGAUUUGUGCUGCUAAUGAAAGAUUAUUGCCUAAUGGCUAGUUCA